GGGAGUAGUUGUAUGACCCAAAUGCUUGUAGUCCUAUUCGAUCCAACAUCAAUACCAGCAGUUAUUCACAGCAAAAGAUCUCCGUGAAGGCUCAAAUCAUGAGAAUUGUCAAGAAUACUCCAAGUUCUACUGAAGCAUUAGAUCAGAUCAUACAAUAGAGGUGUAGAACACAUCUUAUCUGUCUGUCAGCCUUGCAUUUUAUUGUCAUUUCAGACAACUCAUUCAUUAUCCAAUAUGGAAUUCUCAAAUACAGCAUGGCUAUCGAUUAUAGGAAGCACUUUUUAUUAUAUUUCCUUGCCAAUUGUUGUUAUUUCCAGCUGGCUAUUGGCUAUGCUUAGAAUUGCUCUGGCCCCACUGCUACAUCUGGGAAACUCUUUGGCUUCUGCUUUGCUUCUUCCUCUGAAAGUAAUAGCAAAAUUCGAGACCAUCAUCAUAUUCUUGGGGUCUGCAGUUAUCAUCGGCUUGAUCUCAGGUUCGUUGUUGCGAGUUUCCUCCAGCAUACUCGCAUCACUGUUCAAAUUGACAACAGGCCCUGAAGACACGCGCCGUUCUGUGGCACCGAUACGCGCCGCACGAGAACAUAAGAAGAGAGACUCGACACCAGAUGUAUCGAAAUGGAAGGUCGACCCUUCUGUAGAAAAGAGAUAUUCCGGAUGGCUGGAAAAUGAUGGAGGCAGAAAGAAGGACGAGCACGGGCUAUCGGCGCAGAUCAUAAUUGAGGAAGAUGAUGACUCUGAUGAUGGAUUUUGAUCAAAGUAGGAGCAGCGAUAUGCAAGUCUGUGCA